UAGAAAUGUUCAUAUUGUGAAUUACUUUCAACAUCUCUCUUAAUAUAUGAUGUAAUCUAUCGAGAUUCAUCAUAGAAAGAACUGUUGUUUGAUAAAGGGGAUUUAAAAAUAACUUUUGAAAAAAUACUCAAUGGGAAAUUGUUCAUUAUGUAAUCAUACAAAUUAUGGUAAUGAAUAUUUAAAUUCAGAAAAUGACACUAAUAGUGAUACUUCAUUCCAAAAUUUGUACAAUAUGUCAAGCUCUUUAUCAUAUCCACUACUUUGCAGGGAGUUUCAUAAUACACUAACUACUAACCCUAAUUCUCAAAAUAUAGCUUCAGCAGAUACAAUGCAAUCAGAUAUAUCAACAAAUUAUGAUACUAAAUUAUUGAUGAAUACAAUAAGAGAUUUUGGAUGGCCAUAUUUUGAAAAAUCUACGUCUGCUUUUUCUUUAUGUUCACAUGGAAAAUCUAAUUUCAGUUCAAGUUAUCGUGAUUGUCGUCUACGUUAUAUUAAACAAACAAGAAAACUACAAAAAUAUCUUCGUGUUACACCUGAAGGUCAUAUAUUAGUGAAUAAUCCGAAAAUUGAACAUCACCAUAUACCACAUCAUAGUUUACAUCAGUCGCCUGGUACUCAAUCUUACAAUAAUUCCAAAAUAAAUACAUUUGAAUGUAAAGGUAACUUAAGUAAAUUUACAACAAAUGGUCAUGAUUUCUGCAAUAAUCCAUUUGGUUCAUUAAUUAGCACACCAAAAAUUAAACGUAUAUAUACAGCAUUUUGGAAUUUGGAACCACGUGAAAGUAUCACUGUACACAAAUUACCUUCAUCAAAGACUACAACAUUUACAGAAUCAACAACUUCAUCCUUGAAUCAUUAUACAAAUGGUUAUGAUUACUUAAAUACUACUAAUCAUGAACAAGUUGAUGAGUUGGAAUUCCCAACGCAUAAUAAUAGUAAUAACAAUAAUGAUAUAACAUCAAACACUCCACAUCUAGAACCUUUAAUUGAAGAUUCUAUAAACGAUAAAAUAACAGAUUAUCAGAUCUAGUCAUGAAAUCAAAUUAAUUUAGAAUAUAUUUAUGUAUUUUUAUUUAUUUCCUUUUCAAUUCAUUACUUCGCCCCAAUUUAUUAAAACAAAAACAAUUAAAAUUAACAAUAGAUUAUUCUCUUAGAUCUGUAUACAUAUGCAUAUUUUUUAUGUACAUAACAAAAUGCAUUUAUCAGCUGAAUUAGACUUUUAUCUCUGGUAUAAUACCCUGCUGCUAUUGCUGCUGCUACUGAUGAUAAUGAUUAUGUUGAUGGUGAUACAGAUAUUAGUGACUGAAGUAUGAGGGUAAGAUUAAGAUAAAUAUCUUAAGAUUAUAUACAUAGACUGAGUGGUUGAAUGAUAGACCAUAACCAACUUUUGAUUACAUUUAGAAGAAAACCUUAUAUACUUAGAGAUUUGUUUUCAGAUAGAUGUUUUAAGAAAAUGUCUAUCAAUAAUAUACAUAUAUCUAAGGAAACAAUUGUCAAUUAGAUUAUCUGAUAAUUUUGUUAACAGAUUGAAAAAUUGAUGAUCAGUUAAUGACAGGAUAUAUAUACACUAAUUCAAAUCAAAGAUAUUUAUGCCAUAAAUUGGAUAAUAUACUAGCAACGUGUUAAACAUUAAAAAAGUUCUUGCCUUGAUUCGGUUUUUAAAACUUAAACUGUACAACUAAUUUUAUCUACAUUAAAACUAAAAUGGAAAAUCUCUUUCGAUAUGCUUCUAGAGUUCUGUUUAAAAUAUUAGUAAAGAAUAGAAAACUACUGAGUAAUUAAAAGUUUUCGUAGUAAAUAUAUCGUUACUUAC